AUGGCUGCCUCUCAUGUGACAACGCGUUCGAUUCUCUCGUCCUUCCUCCCUCGAUUAUCUGGUUCAACGGUCUCGAAGACAUCAAGAUUUACGACCCUAUACUCGCGGCAACUUUCUCAUCCACUUCUGCCGUCAUUCGCAUUCGCAAUUCCUUCGGCUAUACAUCUCAAUGUUCCGGGAUUACUAGAAGGGAUUUGGGAGUCCAUUCUCCGGGCUGUCCCCAAGAAGAAGACUUCUCAUAUGAAGAAGAGGCAUCGGCAAAUGGCUGGAAAGGGAUUGAAGGACGUAACAGCGUUGAAUAAAUGUUCUGCCUGCGGGCAUGUUAAAAGGGCGCAUUUACUGUGCCCAUACUGCGUGAAGGAAAUAAAGGACAUGUUCAAGGAAAACGAAUCGAAGACGACAACUGAGAAGCAGAUGACAGCCGAGAAGCCAGUUGAUCAGUAAUUUAGGAAGCUUUCUGAUCUUUGUGGAGAGAAUAGUGGUAUUGCAUAGCAUAUUGGGGCGUUUGGGAUUCCCAUGGAAGGUCAGGAGGACAUGGCGAUAGCAGCUGGAGACUUGUACAAAACUGUAUACUGAAUGGGAAACACUAUUUUCGAUAUCACCAUACAAGCAAUACCAGAUGUUGGACUGUCAAACUGUGACGACAUCGUUAGAUGGUUGGGUCUACGGGCGGUAGCCUUGCUUCAGCAUUCGUGAUAUCUCACUGGACGAUAGGACCAGAGGUAGCUAGCUGCCUUGAGAGGACCAUGGGAAAACGUAACAAUUCGGGAUAUCUCUAAUUAGUUAAAAACAUGCCUCCAGGUGUUGGGAGCAACCUUAUUUUCAAUUCUGGCG